CCCCACCACAAAUUCGUCGUGGAUGUCCAAAUUCUAGCAUCGUUUGUGAACCGAAAGAUUGAUUGACGCAUCCCCCGCUUCCGAAGCCAACACCGAGCUUCCUUGGUUUUCGUCUAUCGCGCACCCGAAAGCGCAAGGAAAUCAUCGAUACUGUUCUUCACAAAAUGGCUGACUCUCUCGACUACGUCAAGAUCUGCGAAAGCUGCCCCGCCGGUGACGGUUGGGGUCCUGCAGUCACCACAGAGACUACCCUCAACGGCGUGCCAUAUGCGCCUUUCUCCAAGGGUGAUAAGUUGGGACGCAUGGCCGACUGGACUGCAGAGGGCAAGGACAGAGAGCGAGGUGGACGAGCACAGUACAACAGGAAUUUCCGAGAUCAACAAGUCUAUGGCUCUAGCCACGCCAUCACCUUUAAUGCCCCUCCCGCCGAGGACGAAUCAACAUUCUCAGUCGUUAGUAACGUCCGAGACUCGACAAAGUCAAGAUACGGCCGCGGGGCCGUCUUCACUCGUGGCCGUGGCCAACGUGGAGGUCAGGCCGGUGCCCGGGGCGGACGAACCCAGCUUCAGAGAGGCGGCGCCGGCGCCGCUGGUCGACAGGGCUACGACCGGGGUGGUCGAAACAAUGCUGGUCGUGGCGGUCGCCGCUUUGGCUGGAAGGAUUAUGAUAAGCCUGCUCGUAACCGAGACGCCAGUAUCAACGUCAAGGCCGAGUGGAAGCUUCUUGAGGAGAUCGACUUCAACCGCCUGGCUAAGCUGAAUCUUGACACCGACGAGGGUGAGGAUAUUGAUGACUACGGCUUCCUCUACCACUAUGACCGCUCUUACGACAAGCAGCCUGUCAAGGGUGCCGAGAAGAAGCUCACACCAAUCGACCGUGCUGCCUACAACGUUACCACCUCAUCCGACCCUGUAAUCCAAGAGCUUGCCGAGAAGGACGAGGCAACUAUCUUCGCCACGGAUAGCAUUUUGUCUAUGCUGAUGUGCUCUCCUCGAUCCGUUUACCCCUGGGACAUUGUCAUCUCUCGACAGGGCAACAAGAUCUUCUUGGACAAGCGCGAUAAUGCCGCUCUUGAUAUGGUGACGGUCAAUGAGAAUGCCGCCGAUGCUCCUCUCGAUGCUGCUGAUGGUAGUAAGGACACCAUCAACCAACCCAACGCCCUUGCCGAGGAGGCCACCUACAUCAACCAUAACUUCACAAACCAGGUCGUCAUCGAGAGCGAGUCGUCGAAGGUCACUAUGGCUCACGGUAACCCCUUCUACAACUCCUCUGAGGAUACCGACCCUCCUGCCAGCAAGGCCUACAAGUACCGACGCUUCGACCUUUCCCUCAACGAGGAGGAGCCUGUUCACCUCGUCGUCCGAACAGAGGUCGACGCCGUUCAAAGGAACGCCAUCAGCGGCGAGGACCAGCACGUCAGCAUCCAUGCUCUCAACGAGUUUGACAGCAAGGCUCAGGGCAGCGGCGGCGCUCUUGACUGGCGAAGCAAGCUUGUUACCCAGCGUGGUGCUGUUGUUGCGACCGAGAUGAAAAACAACAGUUGCAAGCUCGCCCGCUGGACAGUGCAGAGCAUCCUCGCCAGCGCAGACGUGAUGAAGCUUGGCUUUGUUUCCCGUCUCACCCCCCGCUCCAAUGACAAGCACGUCGUAUUGGGCGUUAUCGGCUGGAAGCCCCGCGAUUUCGCUAACCAGAUGAACCUAUCGCUCUCCAACGGUUGGGGUAUUGUUCGCACUAUCGCCGACAUGUGCCUCAGCAGCGAGAGCCAAGAUGCUAAGUUUGUCCUCGUCAAGGACCCGAACAAGUCUAUCCUUCGUCUGUACGAGGUGCCUGCUGGCAGCUUCGACGACGAUGAGGAGGAGGAGGUUGAGGAGCCUCAGGGCGAGGAGGAGCAGUAGAUCAAAGAGAACUAGACAUGGCCAUGUCACGUUGUGCAUAUUCGGUAGUUUCAUGAUGGUGGGGAGGGCCACGGGAUAAAAGGCAUGAGAUUUGCAGGGAGUCCCAUGCUCUAAUGAUUUGAAGCAGUGGAUGCAAUCUCUAUCAGGUUCUGGAAGACCAUUUUUUGUAUUUGACUGUGGUUGCAGUCUGGAACGAAAAGAACACGUGAUUUUGCUUGACAUUUUGCUGUAUACCUAUAGGUACUUGUGGGGUUUGUGACCUUGACUUGGUGUGAAGAACCUACUCACAAACGGUCGACUUCCAUAUAUAUUAACAGUAUACCCAAUGUAAAUACUGCAACGACUGUUAUCAUAUGGCAAUUCGAAGAAUCGAUUUUGAUGUUUUCUCCCCCUUCCUGGGCCUAGCUUUGGAGAAACAUUUUGGGUUCGUCACUACUUACUUGAUUGCCAGGAUAUGAGAAACAAUAGCUACAAGAAACGUUGACCAAGAUGCAAGCAUUACCAGAUAUCUCGGGACU